AUGCCUGAUCGUGCCAUGUCAGGGGCCGCGCCCCUCACGCACGAUGCCGAAAAGCUCCACGAGCUCCCCUUAACCGAAACCACCGCGCCUCAACCCGUCGAGCCCAUCUCAUCCCGGCGGCAAUCAUGGCAACCAACACCAGCCGAAGCUCCCUUGGACACAACAACAGCCCCUUCCACCGCCACCACCAUCCUACCACUCUCUAAACAUGCAACCCACCUCUACACAGUCUCCUACCUCAUCUUCUUCGGAAUCCUCGGCACCCUCGCCCGACUAGGCCUCCAAGCCCUAACAUUCUACACCGGCGCACCCAUCGUAACCGGCGUCGUCUGGGCCAACGUCAGCGGCAGCCUAAUAAUGGGCUUCCUAAUCGAAGACAAAAACAUCUUCGCCGAAGAAUGGGGCUCGCCCCAAACACCACCGCCCAAAGAGCAAGAGCCAGACUCGCACGACGCCCAAGAGCACACCAAGAAACACAAGGCCACCAAAAAGACCAUCCCGCUCUACAUCGGCCUGACAACCGGUUUCUGCGGCUGCUUUACCUCCUUCUCGUCCUUCAUGCGCGACACCUUCCUCGCACUGGCAAAUGCGCUUCCUGACCCCUCGCUCCCGGCCGGCGCGAGCAUCGCCUCCCGCAACGGCGGUUACAGCUUCAUGGCGCUGGUGGCCGUGGUCCUGGUGACCGUGUCGCUGAGCCUGUCGGCGCUGAUCUUCGGCGCGCAUCUGGCGCUCGCGCUGGGCCGGUUCACGCCUACGGUGCCCUUUGCGCUGGCGCGGCGCGUGCUGGAUCCGCUGAUGGUGGUGCUUGGGUGGGGCUGUUGGCUUGGUGCUGUGUUCUUGGCUAUCUGGCCGCCGGAUCGGUUUGGUGCUGGCGAGGAAGAGUGGCGUGGGCGCGCGGUGUUUGCGAUUGUUUUUGCGCCCUUGGGCUGCUUGUUGAGGUUUUAUGUGUCGCUGUUUCUUAAUGGGCGGGUUGCUUCGUUCCCGCUUGGGACGUUUGCGGUUAAUAUGCUUGGGACUUUGGUUGAGGGGCUGUGUUAUGAUUUGCAGCAUGUUAGUGGGCUGGGUGCUGUUUUGCCGGCUGCUUUGACGGGGUGUCAGGUUUUGCAGGGUGUUAUGGAUGGGUUUUGUGGGGCGACGACUACGAUUAGUACGUGGGUUGCGGAGUUGAAUGGAUUGGCCAAAAGGAGAUAUGCGUAUUUUUACGGUGUCGCUAGUGUGGUUGGGGGACUUGGCUUGAUGGUGGUGAUUAUGGGGUCCUUGUUAUGGACUCGUGGCUUUGAUGACCCGGUGUGUGGAUGA